AUUAUGUUCCCCAUAAGAUUGAUAGAUUAAAGUGUAAAAAGACUGGUUCACUCACUCUCUCUCUCUUCUUCAUCUUCUUUAUCCAUCUUUUUAUCUCUUUUUCAUCUCUGUUUAUGCUUGAGAAUCUCUUUCCAUGGUUGAAAGCAUGAAGAAGAACCAAAAAAAGUGAAAAAAAGAGAGUCUUGUAUUCUUCCUUUAACUCUUUAUCUUUCUUUUUCUCAGAAUCAUUGAUAAAGAUUGAAGCUUGAAAUCUUUCAACUACAAAAUGGGUUACGUUCUUCUGUAAAUUUCCAUUAUUGUGUAAUCAUGUCUGACCCAUCAAAAAUCCGUUUAGUUAGAUGUCCCAAGUGUGAAAAUCUUCUGCCGGAGCUCGCAGAUUAUUCCGUUUAUCAGUGCGGCGGUUGCGGCGCUGUUCUUCGAGCAAAAAAGAAAAAUGUUGAAGAAGAUGAUGAUAAAAUUUGUGGGGAUUCUGAAAUUUUGAUUCCUUGUGGGGAAGAAGGGGAAGUUAGUAAUGGGUGUGUUAAAUCUGAACCUAUUUCCGCCAUUAAAGCUGAGAAAACUGAUAUCUUAGUUGCAGAAACAGAUAAGAACCAAAUUAGAUCUGAAAAAACUGAAGUAGGAAACAAAAUCGAUGAUUCUAAACCUAGAAAACCUAGAUUUGUUAGAUACUCUGAAGAAGAAGAAGGUCCUUCGAAUUAUCAGAUGAGGAUGAAAUCUGUUGAGAAUGGUAAAGUUGAAUUCUUUGAAGAAGAUCAAGCUGCUCAAUUUCUAAGGAAACUUGAUGAGUUGAAAGAACAAUUAAACAGGUCUCGUGAAAUGAAUCAAAACACUUCUAAUGUUUCCUUCGGAAGAAGGUUUGGUUUUCCAGAAGAUUCAUUUAUCAGAAGAAAUUCAUUUCCCGAUCCUGCUCCUUACCCUAACCGACAUGAAAGAUUUAGGAAUGGUUCAUUAAGAUCUAUGGUACAUGAAACCGACCCAUAUCAUCAUCCUCAUCAUCAUCCAUAUUUCAAUGGACAUUAUCAAGAACCAUUUGAGACAACAUACCCAUAUAGAAACCCUAAUCACAACAACUUGUCAUGUUCUUGUUGUGUCCAAUAUCCCAAUCAUUUUCCAAACAACCCUUUUCCUGAAAACCCUAAUCGUUUCUCGGGUCGAGAUUACAGAACUAGGGUUGGUAACCGUUGCCGUCCUCCGACGAAGAUGGUGGUGCCUCCAAUCUCCGCUAGCAAGGCUCGAUGCCUUCCUUUAUCCGGCGGUGCCCCGUUUGUGACUUGUCAUAACUGCCUCGAGCUACUUCGAGUUCCGAAGAGGGUUUUGUUUGUGUCCGACGAGGAAAACCAAACGAAAAUGAAAUGCGGGGCGUGCUCAACCAAUCUACUUUUGCGGGUUGUUAAUAAGAAACUAUAUGUUUCGGUUUAUGAAGAAGCUAGCGCGAAUUGUCGUGUUGGAUUGAAUUUUUCGUCUGAGGAUUAUGAUAAUUCGGGUUAUGAUUUUCACUCGAUGGGUCAUGAGGGAUUCGUGGCAGAAAUGACUAGUGUUCCUUCCGGUUCUCCAUAUUCAUCGGAGGAUGAUAUAAGCCCCGAUAGUAUAAAGGUCGAUCGGUUAAAGGAAUCGAAUUCUUCCGAGCUUGAACCGCCUUCGGCUGGAUCUCCACUUAAAGAUCAUUUCGAUUUUUCGAACAAGUAUAACCAAAGUGGGAGAUCAGAUUGUGAGGUGGGAUUUCAGACAAAUGCUGGCUCGAGGCAAAAUUCUAUGAAAGAUGCUUCGGUUGCGACUGAAAUUGACGCUUCUUUUCAAGAGUAUUUGAAUUUGAAUAAUACCGAGACAUCUCAGGAAGAAGAUCAUCAACAGAAAAACCAUAAACCGAAACUUACAUCGAAUUUUGCGGGGAUUAUCAAGAAGAGUUUGAAGGAAUUGUCGAGAUCGAUCCAACCGUCGGAUCAAGGAUCGGUUAUUAAUGUGGCGGUUAAUGGUCAUCCUAUUCCAGAUCGCCUUUUGAAGAAGGCGGAGAAGCUUGCGGGAUCGAUUCAGCCUGGAAAUUACUGGUAUGAUUUCAGAGCUGGAUUCUGGGGUUUAAUGGGUGGCCCUUGUCUUGGUAUAAUCCCGCCAUAUAUUGAUGAAUUUAACAAGCCAAUGCCAGAGAAUUGUUCUGGUGGGAACACUGGAGUGUUUGUAAAUGGAAGAGAGCUUCAUCAGAAGGAUCACGAGCUCCUUUGUAUGAGAGGACUCCCAACAGCCAGAGGCCGAUCUUACAUAAUCGAAAUCUCGGGAAGAGUUUUGGAUGAAGAGUCUGGCGAAGAACUAGACAGCCUCGGAAAACUCGCACCAACUGUCGAGAGGUCGAAGCAUGGAUUUGGCAUGAAACCUCCAAAAGUGAGGGUUUGAAUUCUAAAUGAAGAAGAGUUAUUUUAGUUCUUGUUGGAUUGACCUAGUUUGUUUCUUGCUUUGUUUUUAGUUUAAACUAUCAUAUUUUAGAUACAUUUGAUUUGGAUUUGUCAACAAGUAAAUUGUUUAUUCUC